GCUAAAAAUAGAAACGGUCUCAUUCCUCUCUAGGCUGUUGUUAGGUACGUGAGAGAAUACGGGAGGUAAUGUGAUCUCAAAUUAUCACCCAAAAUAACAACAUUAAGGUUUUAGCGAUGCGAUCCUUCUAUUGUUAUAUGUUUAUCGUCGCUACGUUGUGAAAACCGAUAGCAACAAGAAUCCGAAUCCGCCUAGUAGAGGAAUAAGUACUCCUGAAACAGUUGAUUUUGUUGUAACUGUCUAUCGGGAGUUAUUUUUGGCGCUGUUAAGGUUUUAGAAACUAUUUUGAAGUGGAUAAUGUUCAGAUAAGAAUCGAAGUCGGUCGAGAAUAAAGCGGAUCGAGUCUGAGCUGAGUUGAACUUUGAAACAAAAUUUUUGGAGCCUUUUUUUUCUGAAUCGAUCUCAUCAUGGAGUACAAAGUGGAGGCGCAUCGGAUCAUGAGCAUCUCCUUGGGGAAAAUUUACAACUCCCGAGUCCAGCGUGGAGGCAUCAAGCUGCACAAAAACCUGCUCGUGUCUCUGGUCCUCCGAAGCGCCCGCCAGGUUUACCUGAGUGACUACUACGGCGGAGUGUGUCUGAACUCGCCGCACGGAGAGAGUAAAGAGUGGGAGCUCCAGGAGGCCGCGCAGGCGCAGCAGUCCCCACCGCCAGCGGCGGAGUGUGAGCGGCUCGAGCAGCCCGAGAGCGCCGCGUGUGCUGAAAGCCAGCCAGAGGCUAAUUCCUCACUGGACUCGGACCUUAACGUUACAGGUGAUGUUUCUCCGUCAUCGCCAGAGUCUCCUGUGGCUAGUGACACUCAGUGUGAAUCUAAAACAGCCCAGGUGGGCUCUUUGGACCGUGAAACGGAUGCCGUUUUGGGAGCGGAAGGGAAUUCAGAGCCUCCGAAACCCGCCGCCUGUUCAAACAGGAAACGCAGCGCUGAGAAAGCAGCCGCCGCCACCGACUCUCCUCUAAAACGGACUAAAAAAACCUCCUCAGAUCAGGAGGAAAGCGAGGAGAUGGACACGAGCAACGUGUCAAACCUCAUCACCAUUUUCGGGUCUAGUUUUUCCGGACUUUUGAGCAAAGACGGUGCGAAAGAGGACACCCAGGAGGACGCCGGCGACUCGGGCCAAAUCUGCUGCGACCAAAUGCUAAAGAAUCUGAACCCAUGGAGCACAGCCAUCGUUGCGUUUUAAGAAAAAACAGUGUUUGAGACUUUAUAGAAGUGUUCACACGUGGUGGUAUCUGCUCUGGGUUACUCUAAAACACGUGGUUGCGGGACUUCCCACACCACGCGCGCGGUGCUGUCGAGUACGAGCCCGGCCUGCAGCGUUUUCACCACGGCCCAGUCCCAAAUCAGCUUCUGUGUAGUGCACUAUCUGCGCAGUAUGCCAUACACUAUGUGGUGUACUCAUGAGGGGACUAAGGAGCCAUUUGGAACACGGCCCGUGUUGUAAACCGAGGAAUGUUAACGUGUUGGUGCUACUACAGAGAAUUACAACGUCAAAGGAAAUGACGUCAUUGAACGGAACUGAACUUUUUUUUCUCUCUCAACAUUUGUGGGCUCAGUUGAGUUAAACCGGCAAUCAGAAGAUCAGGAUGGACUGUGAUUAUUAGUGUGAAGUGUUAUGCUAAUGACAUUUGUACAAAUGAAAAUGUUACACUGAUGUAAGAACUGCCUACAAACCAAGAGUCUGCAAGACUGAGGCCACUGGUUUUCCCCCAGAUGUCUUUGUUUUAUAAAGACUUGUACAUUUGUAACAUGGUUCCUGUACAUAUUGUUUUCAAUGUUGCAUUAUGAAUCUAUGUAUUUUGGUAUUUACUAUUCUGACUAUUACGUGAUGGUCACGUAUUAAAAAAUGUGAAAUGA